UUUUUUUUUUGUACCCACCCGUGCUCGAUUCAGUCUUGGCCGGCAUUCGCUACGGUCGGGCGGCCACUCCCAAGUGCCCCCCGUCCCUUUAGCCUCCGGUUAGCCUUGGCGGACUUGGAUUGUUGAACGAAGGAGACUGCGCAACGUGGAGUUUUCUUUAUUUAUGUGACUACUGGUAGAACAAAAAAGGGCACGCCAGCGGCGCGUUGUCACCAACGUUGGCAGGGUCACGGACGAAAGACGUCAGUUUAGGUUGUGGGCAAACACCGUUCGGACCUCGUCAAAGCUCUUCUGUAAGCGGACAAAGAAAACAUUGUCAGGACCGUGCAAUCGAGUGGAAAAUCGGGCACGUAAGAGGCCGAGGCGGACUAUGUCUGCACGGAUGCUCUGCGGACUGUACGUUAAAAAUAGUUCGCAUUCCUUUCGGCGACCCACGUUGGUUUGCGCCCGUGAGCUAUUUGAAUAGAAGUUCAAGUAACGUGGGUAUCGCAGAUUGCUUGGGUUUUGAACAACGCGGGGUAAUAUGACUGCUCUCCCGAGGAGGCAUCCUGUGUUUUCGUCUUCGCACGCUACCGGCGUUUCGACGAUGGCUAGCGGCAAUCUGCCGGCGGAGGCCUUCCAGCAUGCAUCCCGCCACGAGGCAAGGCUAUUUUAAAGGAAGGAGUGACGCGGAUGAGGAAAGCUUCAUUGGGUGUGGAAGGGGGUGGUGUGGGUGGCUUUUCUGUAACGGGGACAGGACCUUCGGAAUGAGUGGAAGGGGAAAUGCGCCGAUCAUCUGUGUGGAGCCUUCCUUGUCGGCGCCACUUUGAAGACAUUUGGACACCUGAUUUUGCAGCCGUCGGGCGGACAUGAAGCGCGUGUGCGUGGUGGUGUUGGAGGAGGAGGGCGAUGUGCCCGUGCAGGUUUUCACGCUUCCCAGGAGAGAUAUCGGCAGGAGACGGCGUACUCCGGCACCCUGCAUGGCUCCUCUGAUCCAAGCGAUAUUUAACGGAGACCCAGAUGAGGUGCGCUCGCUCAUCUACAAGAAAGAAGAGGUGAAUGCCGUGGACGAUGAGAAGAGGACGCCGCUGCAUGCGGCCGCCUAUCUAGGGGAAGCGGAGAUCAUCGAGCUGCUUGUGCUGUCAGGAGCUCGAGUCAACUCGAAGGAUAAUAAAUGGCUGACACCGCUGCACCGUGCGUGUGCUUCUCGCAGUGAGGCCGCAGUGCAGACUUUGCUGAAACACUCCGCGGAUGUGAAUGCCCGGGACAAGAACUGGCAGACUCCAUUGCACGUGGCCGCCGCCAACCGGGCUGUCAAGUGCGCCGAGGCGAUCAUCCCCAUGCUGAGCAGCUCCAACGUAUCGGACCGUGCUGGGCGCACUGCUCUGCACCACGCUGCCUUCAAUGGCCAUUCCGAGAUGGUGAACUUUCUGGUGGCGAAAGGAGCAAACAUCAAUGCCUUUGACAAGAAGGACCGCCGUGCCAUCCACUGGGCAGCCUACAUGGGCCACAUAGAGGUGGUGAAGGUGCUGGUGGCGCACGGUGCGGAGGUGCGCUGCAAGGACAAGAAGGGCUACUCACCGCUGCACGCCGCCUCCUCGAGCGGACAGAUUGGUGUCGUGAAGCUGCUGCUGGACCUGGGCGUGGAUAUUGACGAUCCAAACUCGUUUGGGAACACGGCGCUGCACGUGGCAUGCUACAAUGGGCAGGAUGUGGUGGUCAACGAGCUCAUCGACUGUGGCGCCAACGUGAACCAGGCCAACGAGCGAGGCUUCACUCCCCUCCAUUUCGCCGCUGCCUCCACGCAUGGCGCGCUGUGCCUCGAGCUGCUUGUGAACAACGGCGCUGACGUGAACGUGCAGAGCAAGGAUGGAAAGAGUCCUCUACACAUGACGGCAGUGCACGGCAGGUUUACAAGAUCACAGACACUAAUUCAGAACGGUGGAGAGAUUGACUGCGAGGACAGGGAUGGUAACACCCCGCUGCACAUUGCCGCUAGAUACGGACACGAACUGCUCAUUAACACCCUCAUCACCAACGGAGCCGACACUGCCAAGCGUGGCAUUCAUGGCAUGUUCCCCUUACACCUCGCUGCCCUAAGCGGAUUCUCCGAUUGCUGCCGAAAAUUGCUGUCUGCAGGACAAAAGUACAGCAUCGUGUCCUCAUUUAGUAACGAACACGUGCUAUCUGCAGGCUUCGAGAUAGACACUCCAGAUGAGUUUGGGAGGACGUGCCUGCAUGCGGCUGCUUCUGGAGGAAAUGUUGAGUGCUUAAACCUGCUCCUCUCUACUGGAGCCGACAUGAACAAGAAAGAUCGCUUUGAGAGGACAGCGCUGCACUAUGCAGCGGCCAACUGCAAUGUGCAGUGUGUGGUGACGCUGGUCGCGUCAGGCGCGCGUCUCAAUGAGCAGGACGAACGCCGUUGCACACCGCUGCACUACGCUGCUGCGGCCGACGGUGACGGCAGGUGUCUGGAGCACCUUUUGAGAAAGGACGCCGACCCAGGAAUCCAGGACAAGCAGGGUUAUACGCCCGUCCACUACGCCGCUGCGUAUGGCCACCGUGUGUGUCUCGAGUUGAUUGCAAAUGAAGCACCACUUUACGUUCUGCUGGAGCAACCUGGAGCCUUCCAGAGCGAUGGCAAAAGUGGACACCCCAUCAGCCCCCUACACUUGGCCGCGUAUCAUGGGCACCAUGGUGCGCUAGAGGUGCUCAUCCGCUCGCUGGUCGACCUGGAUGUACGGGAAGGGAGCGGCUACACCCCGCUGGGCCUGGCCGCGCUACGAGGGCACACCGACUGCGUGCGCGUGCUCAUUCAGCACGGGGCGUCCGUUCUGCUCAAGGAGGGACCCGAUCGCCGGACCGCACUCCACUCUGCAGCAACCAAUGGACACGUGGAGUGCUUGCGCCUGCUGGUAGAGAACGCAGACUCCAACGAGGCGGUGGACGCGAGCGACGCCAGCGAGCAGACGCCUGUGAUGCUGGCGGUCGGGAAUGGCCACACUGACUGCGCCUCUCUUUUGUUGAGCAAAGGAGCCAGUAUUAAUGCCAAGGACAAGAAAGGGUGCACUGCACUACACAGAGCGGCGGCAACCGGCCACGAGGAGUGCGUGGAUCUGCUGCUGCAGCGCGGCGUGGACGUGUCCCUGUGCGAGCGGCGUGGCCGGGCCCCACUGCACAUGGCUGCCGCCUGUGGUCACAUGGGCAUCCUGUCCGCCCUCGUGCAGGCCGCCAUGGCAAGCGGCGCACCUAUCCCACUCACCGACCGCAGCGGCUACACGCCGCUCCAUUGGGCGUGUUACAAUGGUCACGACGGCUGCGUCGAGCUGCUGCUGGAGCUGGACGUAUUCCAGAAGCAGGAAGGGAAUGCCUUCUCACCGCUGCACUGUGCUGUGUUAAAUGACAAUGAAAGCUGUGCCGAAAUGUUAAUCGAUACUUUUGGUGCCAAGAUUAUCAACUGCCCUGAUGCCAAGGGAAGGAUGCCGCUGCACGCCGCUGCCUUCACGGACCACGUUGAGUGCCUCCAGCUACUGCUCAGCCACAACGCGCUUGUCAAUGUCACCGACAUGGCCGGGAAGAGCCCCCUGAUGAUGGCGUGCGAGAACGGGCAGGCCACCGCCGUCGAGGUACUGGUGAACAGCACAAAAACCGAUCUCAAGCUGCAGGACGCCAACCGGAACACAGCCCUUCACCUGGCCUGCAGCAGAAGCCAUGAGACGUGUGCCUUGCUGAUCUUGGAUAAGCUAGAUGACCUCAACCUCAUCAAUGCUACAAAUGCCGCUCUCCAGACUCCUUUGCACCUGGCAGCCAGAAGUGGCAUGGCAACAGUCGUACAGGUGCUUCUUAACAAGGGUGCCAGCAUCCUGGCCGUCGACCACAAUGGCUACACACCGGCACUCUCUUGUGCCCCAAACAAGAGUGUGGCCGAGUGCCUGUCCCUCAUCCUGGGCGCCAUGCUGCCACUCUCCCCCGAUGCCGUUUCCUCCGCCUCAUCCCCGCACUCCUCCCCGGUCCUGGCGAAGGCCGUGCCUCCAGGCGGUGUAAGAGGAAUCGACCGUGGGCCCGGAGUGCGACUGCCACACACUCGUCUCGUGGGCUCCGGUCCCAACGGCGAAGUUCUGCAGCCGUCACUGUGCAGCACCGUGGCGGCCACCUGCGUCGUGGAGAAUGGCGUGGCAGGCGGGUCGUCCGGCCAUGUGGGCAACAGCCACUCGGACGACCAUAUUGGGGACUCCGAUUCUGAGACAUACUGACCUGCACAACCCUGCCUUAGACCCGAGCUGAGUUUUUAAUCCGUCAAGAGAUUUGUCCGUCAGGCUACACCUGAUGGACCAAACACUUGCCCCACCCUUCCUAUCCCGAAAUUCCCUUGCCUUAUUUCCAAACAUGACCCCAAAUGCCCACCACCCCCACCCCACCAUACCCCCAUCUUUACACAUUUCCAAUCUCUCCCCAGCACAUCCCCACCACCCUAAAACCUCGUGAUAGUCGAACGUACGUUUGGCUAUGCCAAAUCUGCGUUAACCAUCCUCAAAAUUAAAUUGGCUUAAUGCGAAUUGGCUCGAAGCCUUGAAAACCAAUAUGAGACUGCGUUGAAGCCGCUAAGUGAACCUGAAUCCUUAAUAACAUUUGCACUGUCUUUGACAACAGUUUUUUUUACUUACCCACCUGAUAAUUAGAUGUAAAGAGUAUUUUUCCCAAAGAUAGCCAGAAAUGGUUAGGUAAAGUCAUGGUAUUUUAUAAAUAGUAGGCAGCUUCUGCGUCAUGUAAAGUAAUGUCUAAAACAAGGUUGCAAUACUCAAUUGUAAAUGGCACUUCAGGAUGGCAAUAUUUAAAAGCUUUUUGUCUAUAAAUCUACGGAACUUUAACGUAAAAGAAAUUAAACACUAGAAUUGGUUAGGAAUAUUGCUAAUGUGAUCCAUUGUACUGUGCAUUUUAAGAGGUGCACAAGCAGACAGGUGUGCAUUGCUAAUGCCGAGACGUGACGAACGCAAACGAGACGAACGUAAAUGUGACUUGACACAGCUCCUAGGAAUUUCACACUUUCCACCUCAAGCUCUGCUGCAGUAUGGAGGCAUAUCUGCACCAUAGUGGCUAGUGAUGCCACUAGUGAAUGUAUAAUCCAAGCCAACACAUAAUUCAAGCACUUAACAAUUGCGUAUGUGUUUGCUACUAUGGAGAACUCAGUACAGCCUGAGCAGUCUUAGAACAAAUACAAUAUACUGUAAAAUGUGUAGUCUGUGUAAUUUGUAUUCCAUAGCAGAGGGCUGCGGACAUACGCUUGUGUUAAUGUUUAGCUUGCUUUAUUUUGGUGGAAGUGGCAGUUCAGCACAAAUCCUUAAACCUAAUCGAUUUGCACUCGAGCAUCUUUAUACAAUAAGCCUUUAACAAGGGACUGAAUCCUCACCUGAGCCAUUAAGAAAGAGAGAGAAAAAGUGCCCUGCCAGGCUCAGUCAUGUAAUAACAGCUUGUAAACUUUUGUCCCAGGGUGGUGCCAUUUUUGACACUGGUAGUGAGCGUGGGCCGGUGUGCGGAGUUUUCUGGCAUGUUCCUUACUCUGCAUGAAGCACGCACACACGUGGUCCCUGCAGCUCCACAGUCGACAGUUGAGUGUCAGGGCUUCCCGGCAAUAUGGACCCGUUGGAUCAUUCCAUACCUCGCAGACAGCACUUCGUUCAGUACGCACGUCCAUAUGCACCCACACACGCACGAGGCAUACAGGUUUCCCCAUGUGCGCGCACACAACACACAGGACGAGGCACAGAUGUGUGUCUGCCCACAUACACGUGCACAAAUGCACACAGCAGCGAGGAAGAAGACAAGCACGUUGCAGAUUUUAAUCAAUGUAGUGUUUAUUGAUUUUGCUCGAUUUGCUGCAGAUGGAAAAUGUUAAUGAAGUAUGUGCUACAGUAUUAUGGUAUGCUUAGAAACUGGGUGUAGAGUGUUAUACUGUGUUUCAAGUUACAAAGUUAUGUUGAUACAUUGCAAUUUCUGUAAUUUAAAGGUCAAUUAAUAACUAAACCGUUAUCCACAUGAUAUAUUGGUAACAUCACUUGACAACACCACGACAAAUGCACUCUUCUGUUCCACUGUGGGUCCUGAGCUGUGGCUGUAUGUAUAUUUGUUGCUUUGAAAACAGGUAACUGGAUUUUAUUUUGUUCUUUCCAAAGAAUAUUUCUCAUAGACUGUUGGCAUGUUAUAAAAAAAUGUAGCAAUAAGUUCUCGAGGGUUUAUGGAAACACAUGGGCGUUUUCAGUGCAUGAUAUACCUUCCGUGGUGGUGUUCACAAUAUGGGCCACUUAAGACUAGCAAAUUAAAUGUUGAUACUGCACUAAAAUUUUGCAGCUGCUAUACUGAAACAGGCUGCUGUAAGGCUUUUAUGAAGUAUAUAGCAAAAAGGGUAUCCUGUGUACUGUAUAGAUUAUAUGAGUCGUUAUAGGCAAGCGUGUGUGUGUGUUUAUGGUUUAUUUUGUAAUGUGCGUGUUUAUCAAUGCAGCCCAACGGUGUCCGGCACAUUUUGGGUUAUAUGGGAUUUCUUCAUAACCUCACGUUUAUUAUUAAUAUAGAAUGUCUGCACAACGUUCACUCGAUUCAGCUGGCAUCGGUGCAUUUGUUACAUAGCAACGCUAGUGAUGUCAUCAUGCACGCGUGCAAAUGGUGUUGCUCCUUGUACACUUCCUUACAAACCCACAUGCUCCCAAUGUGCCGGUUUCGCCAGUAUUUAGAGGGUGGCACAGAACAGUCCAGUUCCAUCUCGACGAACUAUAUCGAGAACCCUACUAAGUGCAGUAGAUAUAUAAAACAUUGACUGAAAACACUGUUUUGCAUAACUCCAUAGGCCACAGUUUUACCUUGUGCAUCCGCCUUAAUAUGCAUCAUUGUAUAAAAUAUAAAAUUUAAUAAUGGUAAUAAUAUUAGCCGUAGAAAAGGGGUGAAAUUUCAUGGUGGUUGAUAAUUUUCAGAAAGCAUUUUAUUUUUACGUUUAGGUACGAUAUAGCAAGGCAGGUCUGUGUUGUCAUUGUGGCGUAACUGUUUUAGAAAUACAAAUGCUUUAAUGUUUGAUUUAAAGAAGUGGCUUCCAAUCUUUUAGAGUGCAUUUUACCAAAUACAAUUGUAACCACUUUGUUACAGUAGGGUUUCUGAAUAGAUGUUUUAUUGUAAUUUUAUUAAUUGGAUGUUCACAUAUAGGAAAAGGCAAUUGAAUGUUAUGACUUGCAGUAACUGGACUGAGUAAAACUGCCUUCAUCUGUAUUUUGCACAUCAGCAGAUUCCUCAAAUAAAAAUGUGGCUCAGA